GUCUCCCCUCCCUCCCUCCCUCCCUUCUCGACUGGGUCGGUCCGCUGGGGUGCCGAAUCCCCUCACGGCUGGGACGCGCCGAACUCCCAGCAGGAGUCGGCUCUCUGGAGCCUGGUCCCUCCCUUCCCCUUCCCUGUCCCCUUCCCCCACCCCCGACGCGGGCUCAGCGCGGCGGCCGGAGGAACCCCCGAGCCACCCAGGGCCCCUGAGCUGGAGGAAUGGAGAACUCCUCGGCGGCGUCAGCCUCCUCAGAGGCAGGAAGCAGCCGCUCCCAGGAGAUCGAGGAACUGGAACGCUUCAUUGACAGCUACGUGCUGGAGUACCAGGUGCAGGGGCUGCUGACAGACAAGACGGAAGGUGAUGGGGAGAGCCAGAGGACACAGUCCCACAUCUCCCAGUGGACUUCUGACUGCAGAGAGCAGCUGGAUGGUGGCUGUUCCUUCUCCAGAGGGCGAGCCCCGCCACAGCAGAAUGGCAACAAAGACAGCUCUCUAGACGUGCUAGGCACAGAUAUCUGGGCUGCCAACACCUUUGACUCCUUCAGUGGUGCCACCUGGGACCUGCAGCCUGAGAAGCUGGACUUCACCCAGUUCCAUCGGAAGGUGCGCCACCCUCCCAAGCAGUCCCUGCCGCACAUCGACAGAGAUGGGUGUGGAAAAGGGAAGCUGGAAGAUGGGGAUGGCAUCAACCUGAAUGACAUCGAGAAGGUCCUCCCAACCUGGCAGGGCUACCACCCUAUGCCCCAUGAAGUGGAGAUCGCACAUACCAAGAAGCUGUUUCGGAGGCGGAGAAACGACCGAAGACGGCAGCAGAGACCUCCAGGAGGGAAUAAACCCCAACAGCAUGGCGACCAUCAACCAGGAAGUGCCAAACACAACAGGGACCACCAGAAAUCCUACCAGGGGGGCUCAGGACCCCACCCCUCAGGGAGGCCCACACACCACGGCUACAGCCAGAACAGGCGCUGGCACCACGGUAACAUGAAGCAUCCACCAGGAGACAAGGGAGAAGCAGGCAGCCACCGCAACGCCAAAGAGACCGUGACCGUUGAGAACCCCAAACUUGAAGAUAGCCCAGGGGACACCGGACACAGUGGCCUUGAGCCAACCUGCAGUCCUGGCACUGUGGCCCCAACACCCUCUGAGAGGCCAACCCCACAGCCGCCAGGGGGGCCAGAGGCUGAGACCAAGCAUAAAGACAGUGUUCUUCCCGAGCGCCCUGGGGAGCGGCCCAGAAUCACUCUGCUCCAGUCUUCCAAAGACAGGCUGAGGCGAAGACUGAAAGAAAAGGUACCGGAGGAAGUGACAGUAGAGACAAGCAAUCCUCAGCCAAACAAGAUGGACAAAUUGAUGGAGAUCCUGAAUAGCAUGAGGAACAACAGCAGCGAUGUGGACGCCAAGCUCACCUCCUUCAUGGAGGAGGCCCAGAACUCCACCAACUCCGAGGAGAUGCUGGAGGAGAUCGUGCGAACCAUCUACCAGAAGGCCGUGUCGGACCGCAGCUUUGCCUUCACGGCCGCCAAACUCUGCGACAAGAUGGCACUCUUCAUGGUGGAGGGGACCAAGUUCCGGAGCCUGCUCCUCAACAUGCUUCAGAAGGACUUCACUGUGCGUGAGGAGCUGCAGCAACAGGAUGUGGAGCGCUGGCUGGGCUUCAUCACCUUCCUGUGUGAGGUGUUCGGCACCAUGCGGAGCAGCACGGGCGAGCCCUUCCGAGUGCUGGUGUGCCCCAUCUACACGUGCCUCAGGGAGCUCUUACAGUCUCAGGAUGUGAAGGAAGAUGCUGUCCUCUGCUGCUCCAUGGAGCUACAAAGCACAGGCCGGCUGCUGGAGGAGCAGCUGCCUGAGAUGAUGACGGAGCUCCUAGCCAGCGCUCGAGAUAAGAUGCUAUGCCCCUCAGAAUCCAUGCUCACCCGGUCCCUGCUCCUGGAGGUCAUCGAGCUCCAUGCCAACAGCUGGAACCCUCUGACGCCCCCCAUCACACAGUACUACAACAGGACCAUCCAGAAACUGACAGCCUGACAGAGAAAGGGGCCUGGCGGGCAGCCCGUAGGCAGCUGGGGCCCUGGUCCACAGGGCCAGAUGGACAGGCGAAAGGACAGGGGUGGCCCUGGUGGGAAAAAGAAAUGAGCAGGGAGGCCGGCAGCAGCAGUGGCCAGUCUGGAACCAGUCACGGAGGGGAUGGGAUCCCUCAGAAGAGCUCCCCCGUGUCGCUCCCCAGCCUGAGCAUGUGGCAGCUCACACCAAGGGAAGCAUGUUUCUUUGUCCUGGUGGUCACCCGCCCUUGCUCUCCUCCCCGCCCCCCCCGCCCCCUGCCUUCCAGCCCAUCCCCCAUAGAGCUUUAUGGGAGAAAUCUCUGCCACUCCUCACUGUCUCCAGCUGCCUCUCAGCCUCCCACACCUCUGGCCACGGGCUGGGUCAGCCAGGACUGCUGAGGGCUGAAAAAGUGGGUCGAGAUGGCUCUCAUUGUUCCCACGUGCCGUCCGCCGCAGUCGCCAACUGGCAGCCGGCAACGUGUAGCAGAUGUCUGGGAGGACAAAGGCAGGCAUGGUCCCCACCAGCCGCCCACAAUUGACAGCCUUUGUCAGCCCCAGAGGAGCUGGGGAAAGGGUCCCCCACCCCUUCUAACCUUUGUAUUUCACCCUCCUAACUUCAAUUCCUCCUACUUUCAGCCUCCAGCCCCAGGGCCUGCUGCUCCCUCCGGGCAGAGGAGGGAGUUGGGACUCCCAGCUCAGCUUGCUCCCUUUUAUUUUGUUUUCCACUAGAUGCUUUGAAGUCUCUCUUCUCAAUGAGAAUGCCCUUGAUGUGAUCCCACAGUCGUCGCCUUGAGGACCCCCCUGAUUAGUGGGAAUCAAACCUUGCCCCCUCUGUAAAGAAUCUAGCCACAAACAGCUUGCCAGUAGCCAGCUAGUAAUUGGAAACUUCCGCCCCAUUGGGGGUCCCCACUGGAACCCCAUGUUCCUGGGCCCCUGUCCACUGCUAGCUUCCAAAGGGCUGAUACUGUCCCCUGGACUGCCUUAGGACCUGCCCUGGCCCCUGUUACGGCAAACGGGGCCAGAAACGAUGCUGGCGAAUUAAAACCAAAUGCAAGUCUUGUUCCAAGCAACUGCUGGAGGAAGAGCCGCUGCUGGCUUCUUGGGUCUGGGAGCCUCAUCCGCGGGCUGUGUCCUUGCCCUCACCUCAUCCCAGGCAAGACCUGGAACGGCCUCCCAGACUGAUGGGGAGAGGAAAGCCUUGGAGUCGUGACUGGAAGACAGUUGGUAGGUGACCAGGCAGGCAACCAGGUGGAGUUCUUCAGGCUAGCAACAAAGCUAGGGUUUCUCGAAAGGUUUUGGUCCCAGGGAGUAACCCUUCUUCUAUACCGACUAGAGAGGAGGAUGUGACUCAGCCCAAGAGGCUUGUCUCUGCUGUGUGGUGACUGGUGGCUGCUCUGCCUCAUCUCUGGGAAGCAGGAACCCACACUUUGAUGCUCCCCCAGAAUAUGGCUUCCCAGUGUGUUGCUUUUACUGGGAUUGGUCAUCCUAUAGGCCAUGUUGGAGGCGCUUGAGCAGUGGUUCUCAACCUGUGGGUCGAGACCCCUUUGAGGGUCAAGCAACCCUUUCAUAGGGGUCUCAUAUCAGAUAUUUAUAUUACAAUUCAUAACAGUAGCAAAUUACAGUUAUGAAGUAGCAGUGAAAUAAUUUUACAGUUGGGGGUCACCCCAACAAGAGGAAUUGUAUUAAAGGGUCGCAGCAUUAGGAAGGCUGAGAACCACUGCACUUGGGUCUUCCUGGUUCAGAUCAGGCUGGCUAGAGUAAGGAAGGUUUCUCUUAAUUGUUUCAAGUCUAGAAGAUGAGAAGGGGAUGUUGGGGUGAGGGAGUCCCCAAUCUCCCUGGCUCUCCCCAACUGAAAUCUGGUAAAGAUGGGGCCUCAAAAGGACCUGCUGGGAAGAAGGCAUAGAGGUCAAUGGCCACCCCAGCUUUGAUCUCUUUCCUCUCCCUCUCCUCCUUCCCAUCUUUCUUUUCUCUACUUCUUGCUGCCUUGUCUCCCAUUCCAGCCCUUAGGCUGAGCCUGGAGCCCAGGGACACUUGCAAGCCCCACAGGUGGUGCUGAGGGAAAUGCAAGGCAGACGCGAUGUGCAGAGAAGGCCCCAGGGAAACCUUGCUCUUGUAGAGUGGGGCGGCCCAGGUCCACAGGCACCUGCUCCCUGCAGUUUUGAGGAGCCAUAGGUGUCCUUGCGUGGGCCUGCUUCCCAGGCGUCCCUAAGGCUGGCAUGUGUGAGCAUGAAUGCUUGCACACGCACAAGUGUAUAUAAGCAUCUGCUGAGCGUGAAGCAGGACCAUGAGAAAGAAAGAGGCUGAUGGUGGGGGUUCAAGUCACGGGAGUAGGGGAGGUCUCCUAGGCACCAUAUGGGGGCUCCCAAACACUGUGUAGAGGCGGAGACUGUAGCUUUGUGUGUACCGUGGACCUAAUGCAGCUCCUUCUUAACGGCCUAUUGGGGGGGGUCUUGCCUCAAGAGCAGCCCCUUCUAGGGCCCUGAGGACCAGUAUGAAGAUGCAAGAUAUAAAUAUGUAUACAUAUAUAAAUAUAUUUUUAAUUACAUGUUGUGUCCUGCUGGCUCCAGACUUACCGUCUGCCUAGUUGCUCGAAAGCUCUUCCUGGUCAGUCCAUCCUAAUAUGACACUUCUGGCUGUUUGUUUGUUUGUUUGUUUGUUUGUUUCAAAUGUAGAUCCCUGCUACUUUUUCAGACAUGGAAAAAAAAAAAACCUUUAUUUUAUUUUUUAAAGAAGCAACAGUAAAGCCUAAAAUCUCCAAGUCUGAGUAGCUUCCUGUAGGAGACUACUCAGGCAGGAAGUGGGGGGAAAUGCAGGCACCCACGGACCCCUGACCUCUCCCCAGGCCAGAGCGUUCUCUGCCGCCAGAGGAACAGCGUAUCAAAGCCCACCUCUGAAUGAACGGACAGGAGGCAGAGAUAGAAGAUAUCUGGCUGGCGCCUCUCUCGGGCUUGUGUUGUUCAUCUGGCCAUGGUGAUCGUAUACUGAGCCUUUUCAGACUCCCCUGCCUGUUGGGAUGAGUUGGUCCUUGUUCUCCUCUCAAGUGGCCUGCUUGUCACUGUCCUUCUCAUGAACUGGCCAUAUUGCCUAAGCUCUGGGACCACAGCUCCUGCAGGACUCCCAGCCUCCCUUGGACAGGGCCAGGAGCCUCACCAUCAACCAUGGGGAACGUGUGCCCCCUAAAACCGUCUUCAUCCACACAUUCUUCUUUAUCCAGUCUGUAAACCUUUAUGGUCUGGGAAUCCUCUCGUCCAUCUGUGUAAAUGUAAAUGUUGACCCGAUUGGUAUUUAUUCUAAUUUUUAUUGUAUUUUAUUUUAUUUUGUCUGAAGGGUUAGGGGGUGGGAAGCAUACCACUGGUUGCACCCAGGGCAGCUGCAGGGAUGAAGCCCACACAGCCCAGGAGCCAAGAGAAGCAGCUCCUUUGGGGCCCUCUGGGUAGCCACAUCAUAGGCUGUUAUCUGGUGUCAGAAGCCAGCCAGUGUUCCUUGUCCCAGACACUCAGGCCUGCCCAUGGCGUAUGUCCCUCAGCUGCCUGAUACUGCUGGGAAACCUGCCUGGGUCUUGGAGGAGGUGGGUGGGAGAGAACAGAACUCUCUCCUCUGCUCAGGACACUUGCGCCAGAAGAUCUGGCACCUCACCUGAGCCAGCUGGGAACCUGACAAUAGGACCCUACCUCCCCGGAGCAGGGUCUAGAGCUUCCCGCCAAAGCUAUGGGCCAAUCCUGCUCGCGCCAUUCCUCCCCAUCACCCGUAUGUCCUGCUUCCCAGCUGAACCCAAACUACAAAUGGGUUUAAAAAAAAAAAUAAAUGAUA